AUGGUAGCUCUAUCAUCUCCUAGAAGACAUAAAAGAAAUAAGAAAAACAAGCGAAAAAAUGUAGGAGUAAUUGAAGACAAUUCAGUCGUAUCGCAAUCGACAUUUCUUCAAAGACCGAGAGAUUUAUGUCAAGCAAUUCGAUUUAAUCAAACUGUAACGAAAAGAGGUUGCAUUCCUGUUGUUAUACCUAAUAAGUUUUGUUUGGGAAAAUGUGCUUCUUUUUACGUGCCAUCUGAAGAUCUAUUAGCAUACAAUAGAAAUAACACGUCGAUAUUCCAGGACUGUCGACAAUGUAUACCAAGACGUUAUCAAAGAGUUCGUAUUCCUAUGUACUGCCCCCAACGGCGAAGGAAACAUCGAACAAAAAAAUUUCGGAAAAUUUCUGAAGAAGCCGAUUUUUACGUUUUGUUUGGAAAUAAUGGUGUCAGCCAUGUAUUAAUCUUGAACAAACCAAUUUCAAGAUUGGCUGCAAACGUAGAUUUUGAGGCAGCAUCCUGCUGA